UAGCAUUUGAAGUGUUAAGAUUUUAAUUAAAAAAAUCAUAAAAAUAUAAAAAUAAAUAUUUAAUAAUUUAAUAAAAAAAAUAUUCAUAGAAAAUAUUAAUUUAAAUUUUAAGUGUUUUAUCGUGAUUUGUGCAUUUAAAACACGCUAUCAUUCUCUUAAUUAAAAUUUAUAACGAAUUUAUUGGCAAUGCAAACAAAAAUUAUUUAUAAUUUAUUACGACUGUGUAUUUUGAUUGUGAUUUUGUGUCAUUAUAGCCAAGGUCAACAAAAAGAAGUCUCACCAAAAUUAGACUUUGAUGAAGCCGAUAACAAAAACGAUACAGUUCCCAUUGUACCGGGUGUUAAGAAAGGUAGAAAAGAUGAAGAUCACGACCUUGAAAGAGAAAAUGAAAGUGAUGGUGAAAAAAGAGGCAAAUCGGGACCAAAAAUACAUGGAGUCCGUGUUACCGUGGAUACAGGAGAUACACAUAAAUCGAAAGAAUCCAAAGAAAGUGUAGAAAUUACAGAUUUGGGCAAGAAUAAGAAAAGAGUUGGUAUACACACCGAUAUAACAUUCGAAAUUACAGCCGAAGGAGAUGAACAUACAAAUAAAACUAGCCGAGAACAGGAUGUGGAUAAAGAAGAUGCUAGCGUUCCCAUUUACAAAGGCCGCGGAGGUUCUAAUCAUAAAACUCGCAAACCUUACGAUCCCAAAACACAUUGGAAUCCAAAUUUCUCCACCGAAAGAAGAUAUGAUCACUCUGGUAGAGGAAAUUAUCCAGAUUACUAUCCCGAAUAUUAUCCCAACAAUGUGCCAGUGUAUAUUGGCUCAGCAGAUGCUAGAGGAGCUGGUAGUCCUAUAUAUCGCCAAUCGGAUGGUUGGAAUAGUUAUAUACCACGUUGGACUACAGAACGUUCUAUGUAUGUAGAUGCUUACAAUAAACCCAACGAUGUAUCGGCCUAUAGGAAUAAUGCUUGGAAGCCCUGUUACUGCUUGACAAAUAGUAAUGAGUAUAGAAGACGACGAGACAAUCAUCCCCACUAUCAUUAUCCAACACAGAGUGCGGUAAAUGUUGUUAAACCCACCAGUUCAUUGAUUAAAAUUGUUGAUGGCAAAUUGGAAUCAACAUUCUCGAGAAAAUAGUGAAACUAUUUCAACACACUCAGUGUCUGUAAAUAAUCCAAGUUUAGUUUAGAAUAUGAUUAAAUAAGAUUAUUAUAAAUACAUUCAUAUAUACGUUUUAAAUAUUACGGCUAGUGAUCGUAAUUUCCCAGAACUCUUAUCAGUUUUGUCUAUUUUACAGUUUACGCAAUAAUUACAAAAUUGUUUUGAAUUAAUAUUUAAUUUUUUUGUAAAUAAAGGCAUUCGAAACUUG